AUGCUGCUGUCUGUGCAGGAGCUGAUCGUGUGGACGGGACUGGGGCCGUUCGAGGUGGCCCUCCACUCACUCGCUCUACUCGUGUUUACCCUCCUCUCCACGCUGCGGCUGGAGGGCGUCAUCUCCACCUCAUGGCACGCCGUCUUCUCCCCCCUGUACGUAGCUCUGGGUCUCCAUCUCUACCACCUCAGCAUCGUCUCCGCGAGAAUGGCCGUGUGGGGAUUCCAGUCCUCGUCGCCGAGUCGCUGGGCCAAGAAAAUGCUCGUCGCCUCGCUAACUUUCCUAAUAUCCACAAACCUGGCCGGCGUUGGGGUUUUGCUGUUUGUAGAGUACUCUACCGCCGCCUUCCUGAACGGCGGAGGCAGCCCGGACGUCUUGAUAUCGUCUCUCGCCCUACUUCUCGUCUACUUGGUCGCUAGACUGUGUUUUGUAUGCAGAACUCUCAAAUCCGCAGCUCCCGGGUCCUUAGACUAG